AUGUGGAGCCUACUAUGGAUAUACCUAACAUAUGUGAUUGGUGUGAUUGUAACACUGGUAAUUAUUCUCUCACUGUUUGGCAUAUCAACUGGCGUCCGUGAGCGUGCUGCUCAACUUCUUUUGGUGGUAUUUGCGGUAAGCUUUUGUUUUUUUUGUUCUUGGAGUUUAGGAUCAAGUUAAUUCGAUAAUGGCAGGCUUAAAGCAAGAGGAUUUCGACGCUAUGUGUGCGAUUUUAAAGUAUAAGCGUUAUUUUUCUUAUUGUACUUGCGCAAAAUAGUCGCGUUUUGCCAAAAAAAUCAUCGAAAUUGCCUUAAUGUAAUCCUGGAAAUUGAAGUUUUCAAUUUGAGACCAAAAUAUACUGUGAAAUUAUUUUUUACAAAGUAAUUCCAGGCUAUUUCGAACCUUGUCUUUUUUUUAUCAAUAAAAAAUUUAUUCAUAUAAUUGCCGUUAAAUAGCAUUUGCGCAAAAUAAGGUAACACUUUGUCCAUUUUCGUCUAAGAGUUUCUUCGAAGCUGUUGGCAAGGCUAUAAUGAAGACUCCGCGUUUCACACAGCAUAAAAUCCAAAAACUAUAAGCAUAGCGCGCUUAUAGGGCCUGAUACAGACCUUUGGCCGGCGUUAAAUUCCUUUCGGACUUGCCGUUUUUUCCUUGCGGAUUCGAACGGACUUUAAGGUUUAUAUUGAAAUUGUAUUCAUUUACCCCUGCACUAGGCAGGGGCGUCUUCUCUUCGCUCGAACCGCGAGGAAGACGAAAAAAAUGCGGGCCGCCUGAGGGCAGAGAAAAACGGGAGAGCGUAAUGAAAAAAUUGCGUUAAAAACAAACAAACAAGACACGAAAUACAUCAAAAAAGAUAAGGAAAACUUGCAUUACACUGAGCAUUUUUAGUGGGCAGCUCAGUUGGAAGAUGAAUGCGAAAAUUGUGAGGAUAAUGAAUCCGCAGCCGUUCCUUCCGAUGAAAUCUCUGAGUUUGGUAGUGGUGGGAUGGAAACGCACAGGCCUAGAAAGAGGGCAAAGGGAGCCGCAGAUCAUCGUAAGUUUAUAUUACACUUGAUGUAUUUGAGGAGAAAUUUUUGGAAAUUAACGUGUAAAAUAUUAUAAUCGUAUUUUAAACUCAUUCCGAACGAAUUAAGACCUCAUUCAACGCCGGUGGACCAAUUCGGUGGACAGGAAACUCCAUCAAUCCGACUACGAGACCGAUCAGGAAGGCGAGACCGAACCCCAUCCCAAAAAGAACACUGUAAGCACAAUCGUCAAUGAUUCCAUGGAAAUUAUGCUGGCUGGAGUUGAAUCCAUCAUCGAGGAUGAGGUAACCAGUCGCUUUAAGGCAGCAGCGCUGCCAUCGUGGAAUUUGUUGAGCAGAAGUCGAACUGGCUAUGGGCACAUAAAGUAAGGUCUAUUUCGUUUAGUAUUGUGGUUUUUAGUGGAUGUAAUGAGAUUGAUGCAUAACAGUAUGAUGAAUUUAGGGUAUUUUUGCUGUCUUUGGGGGAUUUUUUGAAUUUUGCGGAAAAUUUACAGAAUUUUUUUUUGUGUUUGUACUACAAUUUUCAUUAUUUUUUUCCAAAAUCCAAAUUUCGAUAUAAUUUUUUAUCUUUUUGGAAAAAAUAAUGGUUUCCCGUGUUUUAGCUGGAAGCUCUUGGCCCUUUGGGGUGCCGGCGUCGGCUUCAGAUACGUGGUCUUGCUUCCAGUGAGGUUCAUUUUAUUCUCGAUCUCACUUUUGCUUUUGCUCUUCAAUUCUCUUUGGAUUGGCCUCAUUCCUAAUGAAAAGUAAGUAAAUUAAGCCUUUAUGGCAUCAGAAAUUUGCUGAGGAGACUAAAUUUAUAUUGUUUUAGCAUCAGAAUCAUCUGCAACAAGUACAGUAUGCUGACGUUUUCUCGAAUUUUAUCCCGUGCUUUCUCAUCCAUCAUUGUUUUCCAUGAUAAGUAAGGAUUCAUUGAGCUUUGCUGGUCCUUUUACACCAUGAGAUAUCUGAAAAUUCGAUUUUUUCAGACAGAAUCGACCAAAAUCCGGAAUUGUUGUAGCAAAUCACACAAGUCCAAUUGAUGUGAUGAUUUUGAGCACAGAUAAUGUAUAUGCAAUGAUUGGACAACGCCAAGGAGGAAUUUUGGGACUGGUCCAAACAGCGGUGAGCAGGUCUGCUCACCAUAUUUGGUUUGAUCGGACGGAAGCCAGGGAUCGGAAUACGGUCAGAAGGACUUUGAAGUGAGUAACUUAAAACUAGAAUGUUUUUUAAGUUUUUUAAGAAUAAAAUUUUAGGUAAAAAUUAGGUUUGAAGUUGAUUUUAGUCGACAAGAUUUUUUGUGGAAGUUUGUUAUCUUUUUUUGCACUAAGAAGUGCCAAAAUUGGAAUAAUUUUACCGUAUUAUUGAGUUAAAUGAUGUAAUGCUACAGAGAGCACGUAGAAGACCCCCGAAAACUGCCUAUUCUCAUCUUCCCCGAGGGCACUUGCAUCAACAACACCUCCGUGAUGAUGUUCAAAAAAGGCUCGUUCGAGGUCGCGGACUGGGUCCAUCCGAUCGCAAUGAAAUACGACAAUCGUCUCGGCGACGCGUUCUGGAACAGCUCGGCCCAGGGAUACUUUGCUUAUUUGAUGUCCAUGAUGACUUCUUGGGCCCUUAUGUGUCAGGUUUGGUAUAUGCCUGCGAUGAAGCGGGAACCCGGCGAAGAUGCGGCGGUUUUUGCCCGGAGGGUAAAGCGAGCGAUUGCCCAGCAAGGAGGUUUGGUGGACCUGGAAUGGGACGGAAAUUUGAAGAGAACUAUGGUCAGUUGGGGGAGAAAUUUGCAGGGAUUAAGUAGAUCUGAGAUGGGAAAGGUUGAGCUUUAAGAUUUUCGAGAUUUGAGGGUAUACAAAUAAUUUGUGAUUCAGGUCCCAGACAAGCUGAAGAACGCCCAAAAAGAACUGUUCUACCAAUACCUUCAUCGGACCACAUCAAUUGCCGGUGAACUUUCGGCAGAUGAGAUUGAAUUCAUAAAGAAAAUCCAAGAAGUAAGCGCAAAAAGGAUUGUUGACAUCCUUGGGGAUGUAACUGAUGGAUUUUUGUUGUACAAUUGAAGGUUUUAUGGCAUUAUUUUUUGCAGGAAGACGACGUUCCCAUCGCCCAAGCCGUUAAUGAAUUGGAAUCCAAAGAAGGCCUCCAUCUGAAGGGAGAGUAG